AUGUCGUAUCAGAUUGCGAGUGUUUAGGAUAAUUUAAUUGCCCUUGUGGAAAUAAAGAUGUACAUCUUUCCUUUUAAUUAGAUAUUGUAUGUGAUGAGAAGCGGAUAAGAUAGACUUAUGUUUAGAUUAAAUAACAAGGAGAAAGAAUAUAUAAAUGAACUUAAUAAGGAAUCAAAGUAAAAAAACUAAUUGCAAUUAAAACUCAAGCAAAUAAUUAAUAAUUUCAACAUCUUUCUGCUAAACCAAAAAAAUAUAAAUUUAAGAUUAUCAUUUUCAGUUGUAAAUAAUUUACACACCAAAUAAUGA